GGAAAAAAUCGAGUCGACAUUGAAGCGGCGUUGCACGGGGUGGGAGCUUUUCACAAAACCGCAAUCGCUGGUCCCCCCGAAAGUCCGAAGCUGGACGGAUGGAGUCGUAAUUCCACGGGGAAAAGGUAAAGGUAUCUUUCUGGCAUAACUACCGUGACGAAGCUACGUGACUCCAUUUGCUGGAGCAGCAUCGAGGCGUGCGGUGGGCCUUAAGAUUAAUUUGACGCAUCAGCAGAAAGUUUGAUUCAGCAGCGCCGGAUAGGAUGGCUGCCGGAAAGUGGAUGCUUCCGAUUGCGCUUUGCUGCCUGCUCGCUACGGUAGCAAGUGUCGAUCGGAACAAUUUCAAAACGUGCGAACAGAGCAGCUUCUGUCGCCGGUUGCGUUCGCUGGAACCACAAACGAGCGAGUUCGAGGUGUUGCCACAGUCGCUGCAGCAGUUCAAGCAGUACAUUACGCUGACGCUCGCUCACCAACGGACCAAGCAUGAGUAUACGCUGAAGCUGGCAUGCGUCAAAGGUGCCGGUUCGUUCCACAUGCAGGUGGACGAGAAGCAACCGUUGAGUGUGCGGUACCGCGUGCAGGAUGCACUCGUCCAGGAACCACAGUACGGACCGACGAAGGUUGAAAGCACAUCCGGCACACUGAUCAUGGUGGCGUGCGGGGAAGGGGAUGGUGUGAAGGCUGCCAUCCAGGUCGCUCCGUUCAAGGUGGACUUCUUCCAGCAGGGCAAGCUGGUGGUGACGGCGAACGGCAAGGGUAUGAUGCGGUUCGAGCAUCUGCGCCACAAACCGGAACCGAAGCCGGAUCCGAACGCGGAACAGAAGGAAGGUGGUGAUGGUGAGCAGGAAGCGGCCCAGGCCGAUGAACCACCGGCCGAUGAUCCGGGUGCGUGGGAAGAGAACUUCAAAUCACACCACGACUCCAAACCGAAGGGUCCGGAAGGAUUGGCACUCGACUUUACCUUCCCGCAGGCGAAGGUACUGUUCGGAGUGCCGGAACAUGCGGACACGUUCGCGUUGCGCCACACCGCUACGAAAGGGACCGACCCGUACCGGCUAUACAAUCUGGACGUGUUUGAGUACGAGCUAAACAAUGGUAUGGCACUGUACGGUUCGGUGCCGGUGGUGUACGGCCACGGAGAAACGUCCACGACCGGUGUGUUUUGGUUGAAUGCGGCCGAAACGUGGGUGGAUGUGUUUAGCACGAACCGCGAUACGGACGUUGUGUCGUCGCUGGUGAAUCUGGUCUCGUGGAACAGCCAGACGGAACCACCGGCCGUGAACUUCAUCUCGGAGAGCGGCAUUAUGGACGUGUUCGUACUGCUGGGACCCGGUCCGACCGAUGCAUUCCGACAGUUUACCGACCUGACCGGGAAAGCACCGCUGCCACAGCUGUACGCGAUUGCUUACCACCAGUGCCGCUGGAACUACAACGACGAGCGGGACGUGGAGAGUGUGUCGGCCAAGUUCGACGAGCACGACAUCCCGAUGGACACGAUGUGGCUGGAUAUUGAGUACACGGACGGAAAACGCUACUUCACCUGGGACCAUCACAAGUUCCCCCAUCCGGUCGAGAUGAUCCGCAACCUAACCGACCUGGGCCGCCAUCUAACGAUCAUCAUCGAUCCGCACAUCAAGCGGGACGGCGGUUACUUCUUCCACAACGAAUGUACCGACCGGGGACUGUACGUGAAGAACAAAGAUGGUGGCGAUUACGAGGGUUGGUGUUGGCCGGGUGCAGCGAGCUACGUCGAUUUCUUCAAUCCGGACGCACGGCGUCAUUACGCGGACCAGUAUCUGCUGGAAAAUUUCCGCGAGCAGUCGGAAACGGUUGGCAUCUGGAACGAUAUGAACGAACCGUCCGUGUUUAAUGGGCCGGAAGUGACGAUGCUGAAGGACAACCUGCACCACGGUGGGUUGGAACAUCGGGAUGUGCAUAACCUUUACGGACACAUGCAGCUGGUUGCCACGUUCGAUGGUUUGUUGCGGCGUGGCCAGGGACGGCUGCGUCCGUUCAUCCUGACCCGUUCGCACUUUGCCGGCAGCCAGCGGUAUGCGGCCGUCUGGACCGGCGACAAUAUGGCGGAAUGGGGACAUUUGCAAGCAUCGAUCAAGAUGUGCCUGUCGCUGUCGGUCGCCGGUAUUAGCUUCUGCGGUGCGGAUGUCGGCGGAUUCUUCGGCAAUCCGGAUGGCGAGCUGUUUUCGCGCUGGUAUCAAACCGGUGCGUUCCAACCGUUCUUCCGUUCGCACGCCCACAUCGAUACGAAGCGACGCGAACCGUGGCUGUUCCCGGAGGACGUGAAGCUGGUGAUACGGGACGCGAUCCGGAAGCGGUACCGGUUGCUGCCGUUCUGGUACACGAUGUUCUACGAGCAUGAGCGCAGCGGGUUGCCGAUUAUGCGCCCACUGCUGGCACACUACCCGACGGAUGUGAACGCGUUUGCGAUCGACCAUCAGUUUCUGCUCGGCGAUCAGCUGCUGGUAGCGCCGGUUUUGGAUCAGAAGCAGCAACGCAGCCGUGAGGUUUACUUCCCGGUGCGGGGUGAUGGGCAGGGUGACUGGUGGUACGAUUGGGACACGCACCGGAAGCAUACCGGUACGGGCGUGGAAGCGAUCCCGGUCGAUAGCUACAAGGUGCCGGUGUUCCAGCGCGGUGGUACGAUUCUGCCGACCAAGGAACGGAUCCGGCGUGCCUCGACGCUGAUGCGUCACGAUCCGUACACGCUGACGGUGGCACUGGAUCGGGAGGGACGUGCGAAGGGUACGCUGUACAUCGACGACGAACAAAGCUACGAGUACCGGCGGGGUCAGUAUCUGUAUCUGGAGUUUGAGUUCCGUGAUGGUGUGCUGAGCAGCAGGAAAAUUGACACCACUGCAACCUACCAAACGGAUACGUGGCUCGAGCGUGUGAUUAUCGUCGGACUGGGAAAGACGCCAACGGCGGCCACCCUCUACACGGAUGCAUCCGGGGCAGCUACCGGCCGGUUGGAGCUGGAACGGGCGGGAGACGUUGUGACUGUGCGCAAACCGGGCGUCUCCAUGCUUGACGCUUGGUCGAUUAAGCUUGAUUUUUAAGUAACUGUGGGGCGAAGAAUUACACAUAUAUUAGACGUAGUAGCAGUUGUAGUAGAAGGGACCGGUCCGAUAGGUGAGGUGAUAGUGGUGUCCGUCUUUACACGACGGCAUCGGAACCCAUCCCGGGGACCGUGUCUCCCCGUACGUAGGAUUGACUACUGGGUAAAAUGAAGUCAAGAGAAGCAGAAAUUGGCAGGUCAAGAGCUCUUAAGCGUUAAAAAAAUAAUAGUAGCAGUUGAUGUAACUUGGAGUAACCUCCCGGAGCUAGAAGUUGUUUGGUGGAAGCGCACCACUACCUUUCGGGCGUGAUCAAAAUUAUCGCGUACGGUGUAUCCCUAUGGGAACAGAGAGAAAAAGAGCGAGACCAAGAGAGAUAGAAGGGGCUCACAUUGUAUGGAAAUUAAAGGUUUAGAAUUUUGAAUAAAACCACCACUUUCCAAACUUUAAAA